UCCCCAUGUCCCUGCUUUCUUCGCUCUCCCCUCCUUUUCACGUCCCUGCUCUCUUCGCUCUCCCCUCCUUUUCACGUCCCUGCUCUCUUCCCUCCCUCCUGCUCUUUUUCUCCCAAGCCCCGUGUCCUCGCAGCUGCUUGUUGCUGGGGAGGGUUACGUCAUCGCUUCCGCCCCACUUCCUCUGUGUGUGUGUGUGAGAGAGUGUGUGUGUCUCCUCCUUGUCCCUGCGGAGGGUGAGCCGCGCGCACACAUACACACACACUGACAUACAGUGCGAGAGCCAGAGAGAGGCUCCAACAUGGAGUACAUGGAGUAGCAAGAGAUGGGGCUCGGACGGGGCCACCACCAGGAGCCACUCGGGCGGGGCACCGCCGCCUUGUUAUAAGCCAGUCCCCGGGAGGUGCUCGGCUAAUUACACGGGAAGGCACAAGACUGGCUGCUUGGCGGGGGUCCUAUUCGAUGCUGCCGGCGGCCUGGGAGAAACCCGAGUCGGGGAUACUGAUCCAGGGGGAGAACCACCCUUCCUCCUCAGCCAGCGGGGUAUGUGAGGGAAAAAUGAGCACUUCGGAGCCCCCCGAGGCGGGAGACAGACGGUGAUCAGUGCAAGAUGAGCGAGGAAGCCUCUCCGGAGGAUGACAGCUAUAUCGUGCGUGUGAAGGCUGUGGUAAUGAGCAGAGAUGACUCCAGCGGAGGUUGGAUACCACAUGAAGGCGGCGGACUCAGUCGUGUCGGCGUCUCCAAAGUUUACCCAGAUGGCAGCGGAAGAAAUGAAUUUAUAAUUCGUGGCGAACGACUGAAAGACAAGCUGGUGAUCUUGGAAUGCUAUUUAAGGAAGGACUUGGUCUACUGGAAAGCAACUCCAACAUUUCAUCACUGGUUAGUUGACAACAGGCGGUUUGGCCUUACCUUUCAAAGCCCUGCUGAUGCACGAGCCUUUGACAGAGGAGUCCGCAAAGCUAUUGAAGACCUCACAGAAGGAUCUACGACUUCUUCUUCCACUAUUCAUAAUGAGGCGGAACUUGGGGAUGAUGAUGUAUUUGCAACUGGCACAGAUAGCUCUUCAAACUCAUCGCAGAAGAGAGAACCACCGGUUCGAACGAUUGCCUCUCCUCUCCCCGGCGGACUUUGUCAAUACUCCCCUCUAAGCCCUAUUGAUCCUUAUAGCUUGGAGCUGUAUACUUCAGAGCAGUCAAUAUCUAGGCCACCAAGGCAUGUCAGCUUUCCAGAUGAUGAUGAUGAGAUCGUCCGGAUCAACCCAAGGGAAAGAAUCUGGCUCACCGGCUAUGAGGAUUAUCGUCAGGCACCCAUUUACAGGAAAUGCACGGACUCUGAGAAUGUUGACUCUUACGUUCAUUUUGCCAAGAGCAACUCAUCAAAACAUGACUACAAUUACCCUUACAUAGACCACUCUGACUUUGGCGUGUGUAAGGACAUAAAGGGCUCUGUCAUUAACACUCAGCCCACCCGGUGCAAACCCAGGAGGAAAGAUGGAGAGAGGUCCCGGUGUGUGUACUGCAGGGAAAUGUUUAACCAUGACGAGAAUGGUCGAGGGCAAUGUCAGGAUGCUCCGGAUUCAGUGCGAAACUGCAUCCGCCGGGUCAGUUGCAUGGGUUUUGCGGACUGUGUGCUCUACCACUGCAUGUCUGACUCAGAAGGAGAUUACACAGAUGCUUGUUCAUGUGACACAAGCGAUGAAAAAUUUUGCCUUCGUUGGAUGCUUCUCAUACCAUUGUCCAUCAUCGCACCGGGCAUGUGCUGUUACCUUCCGCUGCGAGCUUGUUAUAACUGUGGUGUCGUGUGCGGAUGCUGUGGAGGGAAACAUAAAGCCGUUGCGUGACCAAGUGCAAACCAGGAAUUUUCUAAUUCUGUUUCUUUUUAUUAUCCAUUGGGCAGCACCUUGGCAUUAAAUGUUCAGUUCCAACAUUUGGGUGCAACCAGCCUCAACGUGAAAACCAUUCACACUAAGCAUUCGUCGUUUCAACUGAGGUUUCUAACAAACUAAUGUUCAGCUUGGAAAUAUGUAAUACUAAACCAUUAGUGAAAUGAAGGCACGUAAGGAGUCUUUCCUUGUUGCCAGUUAGAAACGAUGUGUAAUAUAUGCAACAUGAUUAUGGAAAGUGAAAAUGUCUUCACUCUUCGGCUUGCCACCUGUAAAUUGCGUAUGUGCUGCCUGAAAAUGUCAUGCUGGCUCCACUUCUGCUGAGAGGGGAACACAAAGCCUCUGGAAGAACAAAAAGAGUUAAUGUGUGUGGGAAAAAAUAUCUUCCCUUUAUAAGUAUUUUAACCUGCAGCCAGGUAUUCUGUUCUUUUACAGUGUGUGGUAACAAGAGUACAAUAAUGCAGUAUUGCUAUUUCUCUAUUAUGCCAAAACUAGUUAUUUAUGCAUAUAUAUAUAUAGUAUUUGAUGUCCAUCAUCAUUUCUUUUGUAAAAAUAUAUAAAUAUAUAUAUAAAGUUUUUUGUUGGGGGAGGGGGGUGCAGUUGGGCUUUUUAUUUUUCCUUUUAUACAUUGUGCAUUUCUGGUCCUUAGAACUGUCGUGUGCAACUCCGGUACAGACAAAACGACAUUUCGUAAUUUAUAUGAGGCUUCAUUUCCCACUGUCUUCUUCACCCCUCGGUUAUAUCAUAUAAAGUUUGCACAGAAUUUAUAACUACAAAAAAAUUAUUUUGAGAUUCUUUACACUCCACCAGUCCUAAGUAGAU